ACAACACAUAUUCCGACCAAAAUGGCUGCUUUUGCGUUGUCUCUCCUGUUCGCCGGAAUCUUGGCGGCCACGGCCUCCGCCGGAAACUUCUACGACAGCUUUGAUAUCACUUGGGGAGACGGUCGGGCCAGCAUUUUCGAGGCCGGACAGCUUCUGACUUGCACACUCGACAAGAUCUCCGGAUCGGGUUUUCAGUCGAAGAAGGAGUAUUUAUUCGGAAAGAUCGACAUGCAGCUCAAGCUUGUCGCCGGAAAUUCCGCCGGCACCGUCACCGCAUACUACUUGUCAUCGAAAGGGGAGCAAUGGGAUGAGAUAGACUUCGAGUUCUUGGGAAACGUCACCGGCCAACCAUACGUUCUUCAUACGAACGUAUUCACACAAGGCAAAGGCAACCGAGAAAUGCAGUUCUACCUUUGGUUUGACCCCACCGCCGAUUUCCACACCUACACCGUCCUCUGGAACCCUCUCAACAUCAUGUUCAUGGUGGACGGAAUCCUCAUAAGGGUGUUCAAGAAUCACGAGGCGGAGGGAGUUGCGUAUCCGAAGAGCCAACCGAUGAGGAUAUAUUCGAGCCUGUGGGACGCAGAUGACUGGGCAACACAGGGCGGUCGAGUCAAGAUCGACUGGUCCAACGCGCCGUUCAGCGCGUCCUACCGAAACUUCAACGACGGUGACUCGUGCGGAAGGACCGACGUCUGGAGCUGGCCCGUCCCUUGCAAUCCCGGCAGCGAUUCCUGGAUGUGGACGACGCCCAGUUCGGAUCAGUUCGGACAGAUGAAGUGGGUCCAGGAUCAUUACAUGAUCUACAACUACUGUUCCGAUUUCCAGAGGUUCCCACAGGGUAUGCCUCCUGAGUGCAGCCUCAACUGAUGAUCUUUAAAAGGGUGCAAUAUUUCAAUAUAUAUAACC